AUGCCAAAGUUAGAAGAGAUUGAUGAUUAUAAUGAUAUUGAUAAUUUGGAGAUGGAUUUAGCCGAGCUAGAUCCUACUUUGAAGACUCCAAUUGCUCCAAAGAUUGUUCCAACAGUAGUGAGAAGCCAAGAUGAAGAAGAAGAAAGGUUCAAGCAGCAACAUCAGCAACAACAGGAACUAUCCAGAGAUGUUGAGAAGAUUAAUUUUAUUAACCCUCAGACUGGUAAGAUUGAAGGCACCACGACUAUGAGUAGAAAAGAAAUGGAAGAGAUUAAAGGGUUCCAGGUUCUGUAUCCCUGUUAUUUUGAUAAGAAUAGAUCACAUAAAGAAGGUAGAAGAGUUCCAAAGGCUCUUGCAGUUGAAAAUCCUUUGGCAAAGACUUUAGCUGAUGCAGUUCGUGAUUUAGGGUUACUAUGUAUAUUUGAAGGUGAGAAGUGUCAUCCUCAAGAUUUUGGUAAUCCUGGUAGAGUUCGUGUUCUAUUAAAGGAAAAUGGCGAACUAGUCUCUUCUGCUAAUCAAUUCAAAGGUGGUAAAAGACAAUUGAUGAAAAAAAUAUCUGAAUUCUUACAAAAAAAUCCUACUACUAUUGAAAAAUUAAGAGAAAUUCCAUAUGGCUCAGAUUUUGAUAACAUUGAAUUCAAGAGAAUUCCAAAAGUCAAAGGGUUCAAGAUGAAUGAUAUCGUACCGUUACACAGUCCAUAUUUAAUGGGACAUCCAAUGUGUAAAUCGAUCUAUGAAGCACCACCAGCGCCAGUAGCUGGUAAUGAUAAACCAAUGAAAUUACCAAAGAACAAAUACAAAGUCAUUAGAAGGUGA